UCGGAGUGCACUGAGGCUCCGAGCUGCCAACACUCACACAUCGCCUGCCGUCGCAGCCGCGCUGCUCCCGGAUUCCGGAGAGAGGGAGCGAGUAGAGGCGAAGAAAAGCCAGACGCGGGAGAGGAGGCAGAAGACCGCUGGCGGGGGGAAGGAAGUCAGAGAGGAGGGAAACGUAGGGACAGGGAUAAGGACCCCUCCUCCUCGCGGAGAGACGACUUCCCAUGUAGCUAGGGAUAGAGGGGGAAGCUGGCGCUCAGGAACAGUGAGAGAAGCUCUCACAAGCAAGUUACUUAAUUCCGGGAGAGCGGCGGGAAGAGGGCACAGCAGCAAUCACUGAUCAGAACCACUUAUUCCCAGCCCCUCAUCAUUUAACCCCCGGGUGGUUCAAUGCACUACUCCAAGCUCUUCCUAGUUUCUUCCUCGGGCUAACUUCGGAGGACGUACCGCCGGAGCGGCCCGGAGGGGAGGACAAGGGCCUCGGAAGAAGGAAGGAGAAGUUUUGUGGGGGUUGCGUGCAGAGGAGAAGAUGGGCUGGAAGCGCCGCUGUUGCUGGGGAGGCGGAGGCGGCGGGGACCUUCUCUGCCGGCUCACCCUGGUGCUGGGGUUCCUGCUGCCCGCCUGCAGGACGCGCCUCUACACCAACCACUGGGCUGUGCGGAUAACCGGGGGGCUCCCGGAGGCCAACAGGAUAGCGAGCAAAUACGGAUACGUCAAUAUAGGACAGAUUGGAACAUUGAAGGACUACUACCACUUCUACCAUAGUAAAACAAUUAAAAGGUCAGUUCUCUCAAGUAGAGGUACCCACAGCUUCAUUUCAAUGGAACCAAAGGUGGAGUGGAUACAACAGCAGGUGGUUAAAAGAAGGAUAAAGAGGGAUUAUAAGCCUGGUGGUACCCAAUCCACUUAUUUCAAUGAUCCCAAGUGGCCAAGCAUGUGGUACAUGCACUGCAGUGACAACACCCACCAUUGCCAAUCAGAUAUGAAUAUAGUAGGUGCUUGGAAGAGAGGUUACACUGGAAAGAAUGUUGUGGUCACCAUCCUGGAUGACGGCAUUGAAAGAAACCACCCAGACUUGAUGCAGAAUUAUGAUUCGCAAGCCAGUUUUGAUGUAAAUGGAAAUGAUUUUGACCCUAUGCCUCGAUAUGAUGCCAGCAACGAGAACAAGCAUGGAACCCGUUGUGCUGGAGAAGUGGCAGCCACGGCAAACAACUCACACUGCACAGUAGGAAUCGCCUUUAAUGCCAAGAUUGGAGGUGUACGGAUGCUGGAUGGAGAUGUGACAGAUAUGGUGGAAGCAAAGUCCCUAAGCCUUAAUCCCCAGCACAUCCACAUCUACAGUGCCAGCUGGGGGCCCGAUGACGACGGUAAGACCGUGGAUGGACCCGCUUCUCUAGCACGUCAGGCCUUUGAGAACGGCAUCAGAAUGGGACGAAGAGGCUUAGGUUCAGUCUUUGUUUGGGCUUCUGGAAAUGGUGGAAGAAGUCGAGAUCACUGCUCCUGUGAUGGCUACACCAACAGCAUCUACACUAUCUCCAUAAGCAGCACAGCUGAAAGUGGAAAAAAGCCGUGGUAUCUGGAAGAAUGUGCAUCCACACUAGCUACAACAUACAGCAGUGGAGAAUCCUAUGACAGGAAAAUAAUUACUACAGACCUGAGGCAGCGUUGCACAGAUAGCCAUACUGGAACCUCAGCCUCUGCACCUAUGGCUGCAGGCAUCAUUGCCCUGGCACUGGAAGCAAAUCCAUUUCUGACCUGGAGAGACGUACAGCACAUUAUUGUCAGGACUUCACGUGCAGGACAUCUGAAUGCUAAUGACUGGAAAACCAAUGCAGCUGGUUAUAAGGUGAGCCACCUUUAUGGAUUUGGACUGAUGGAUGCUGAAGCAAUGGUGACAGAAGCAGAAAAGUGGACAACGGUGCCUCCACAGCAUGUGUGUGUGGAGAACACAGAUCGGCAAAUCAAAACAAUACGACCUGACAGCAUUGUCCGUUCAAUUUACAAAGCCACUGGCUGUUCAGAUAAUCCUAACCACCAUGUGAUCUACUUGGAGCAUGUUGUUGUACGUAUCACUAUUACUCACCCUCGACGUGGAGACUUGGCAAUUUACCUAACCUCUCCUUCUGGAACUAGGUCACAGCUCUUGGCCAACAGGCUAUUUGAUCAUUCCAUGGAAGGAUUCAAAAACUGGGAGUUUAUGACUACUCACUGCUGGAGUGAAAAAGCAGCAGGUGAUUGGAUCUUGGAAAUCUGUGACACUCCAUCUCAGCUGAGAAAUUUCAAGACUCCAGGCAAAUUGAAAGAGUGGUCCUUAGUACUGUAUGGAACAUCCAUCCAGCCUUACUCACCAAGAAAUGAUUUUUCCAAAGUGGAAAGAGUGCGCUCCAGUCCAGUUGAAGACCCUACAGAAGAUUAUGCAACAGAUGACUAUUCAGGUCCCUGUAAUGCAGAAUGCAGUAAAGUAGGGUGUGAUGGGCCAGGACCAGAUCAUUGUACUGACUGUCUGCACUAUUACUACAAAUCUAAAAACAACACAAGGAUCUGUGUUUCGACCUGCCCACCUGGUCACUACAAUGCAGACAAGAAACGAUGUAAAAAAUGCUCACCCAAUUGUGAAACCUGUGUUGGAGGCCAUAGUGACCAGUGCAUGACCUGUAAAUCUGGCUACUACCUGAAUGAAGUAACCAAUAGCUGUAUUACCAACUGCCCUGACGGGUUUUACCUGGACAAGAAUAAGAUUGUUUGUCGUAAAUGCAGUGAAAACUGCAAGACCUGUAUUGAAUUCCAAAUCUGCACAGAGUGCAAGCAUGGACUAAGUUUGCAUGGCACCAGAUGCACUAUCCGCUGUGAAGAAGGAAAAUACCAUAAUGGCAGAGAAUGUGAGCCAUGCCACCGUUCCUGUGCAACAUGUGCAGGUGCUGGAGUAGAUGCCUGUAUAAACUGCACACAGGGUUACUUUAUGGAAGAUGGAAGAUGUGUGCUGUCCUGUAGCAGUGGUUAUUAUCUUGAUCACUCUGCUGAAAGUGGAUACAAAAGCUGCAAAAGAUGUGAUGCCAGCUGUUUGGAUUGCAGUGGCCAAGGAGACAGAAACUGUACAAGCUGUCCAAGUGGCUAUAACCUAGACACUGGUGUCUGUGUCAUUGGAACAGUAUGCAAGGAUGCCACGGAAGAGUCCUGGGCCGAGGGAGGAUUCUGUAUGCUGGUGAAAAAGAACAAUCUCUGCCAGAGGAAAGUGCUUCAGCAAUUGUGCUGCAGAACAUGCGAAUAUCUUGACGAUUCCCAAGAAUGCCAGUUGUGUGACACAUCCUGUCAGAAAUGCAUUGGACCUGAGCCAGACAACUGCAUCAGCUGCCCACUCACAAGAGUCUUUGAUGACGGGGGCUGUGUUGUGCAGUGCCCCAGGGGAAAGUUUGAAUUCAAGCAGCACUGUCACCUGUGCCAUCACACCUGCCUGGACUGCGCUGGCAGUGAGCCUAACAAAUGCACCGCUUGUGGAACAGACAGCAGAGGGGUGGAACGUUUCCUGUACCAUGGGGAGUGCAGAGACCAUUGUCCUCCAGGCCACCUCCACUUGGAGCACACCUGCGUGCCUUGCCCUGGCCACUGCGAGGUGUGCCUGAACUCCAGCCACUGCAAAAGGUGUUCCAGAGGCUACUACCUUGCUCAAAACGUGUGUGAGAAGCACAGCUGUAGAGAAGGUGAAGUGGAAGAUCCUGACUCUGAAGACUGCAUACCAUGUUCAGAUGGAUGCCAGAGCUGCAGACAGGAUGAUCCAAGAAUUUGUAUAACAUGCAUUCAAAACUAUUACAUGUAUGAGCAGCAUUGCUAUAAAUACUGUCCAGAAAACACCUACAGAGAUGAAAGUUCUUGGCAGUGCAGAGAUUGUCCUCGCAGCUGUGACAGCUGUGACAAGGACGGGUGUGACUGGUGCAAGGAAGGCUUCUAUCUCUCAGAUGGCACCUGUGUGAGUGAGUGUGGAGAUGGCUUCUUUGCUGAUGGCAUCUCCAGAGAGUGUGAGCCCUGCCACAGGAGCUGUGUGACCUGUGCUGGGCACAGCUACAAGGACUGCACUGCGUGCAAAGACAGUUUCCAGCUGUCUCAUGGGCAGUGCCUGAAACCAAGAAAUUCUCUGCCAGUCAUAAGAACUCCACUUGACACUCAUUGGGCCCCCUUUUGGAGGGAAACAGCAGGCAGAAAUGGAAAUAGAAAAUUGCUGUCCUGUGACUCUUCGUGUUUGACCUGUGAGAAAUCUGCUGAUGUGUGUACUUCAUGUCUGAAAGGAAAAUUUCUUAUCCGUGACAGCUGUGUUUCUCUGUGCCCGUCAAAAUAUUUUGGCAACAUUGCAAGCGGAAAGUGUGAGGAGUGCGGGCAGGACUGUGAGGUGUGCUCUGACCAGUGGCACUGUCAGAAGUGUCAGGCUGAACAGAACCAGCAGCUCUUCCUCCACAAAGGCAGAUGUUUACAGGAGUGCCCUGAGGGAUAUUUUAAUGAUUCUGAGACUUGCAAGGAAUGCAGUGGAUCCUGUAAGACAUGCAUGGGAAGUGCCACCCAAUGCCUGUCCUGUAAAAGUCCUUUGCUUCUGGAGCACUGGAAAUGUAAAUCUACUUGUUCAGAGAAGCAUUUUGCCUCUGAAGGAAUCUGCAAACAUUGCCCUGAAAUGUGUCAGGAAUGUAUUCACAAUGAAAUAUGCACAGAGUGUAUGGAUGAGUUUUUCCUGCACGACGGGAAGUGUGUACAGGAAUGCCCUUCACGCUUCUACCCUGAAGACAAGCACUGCUUUCCCUGCCAUGCCGACUGCAAGGACUGCAAUGGGCCAGAGUCUGAUGACUGCACAGCAUGCACUUACAGCGUAUUUUUCCUCUACAAUGGCAUGUGUUUUAAAGAGUGCCCUGAGGGCAGUUACUAUGAAGAAGCCACCAAAGACUGCCAAGCAUGCAACAGGACAUGCCAGACUUGUUCCUCUUCCACCACCUGCCUAACUUGCAGAAAUGGGUGGAUAUUGAACCAUGAUGGGCACUGUAUGUUAUCUGGAUACUGUCCUCCCACUGAGUACUACCUUGAGGAAAUUCAGACCUGCAAAUCUUGCCACAAGAAAUGCUUCCACUGCUCAGGACCUACUGAACACCAGUGUCUUAGCUGUGCAAAUAACCGGUAUCUUCUCAACAGAACCUGUGUUGAAACAUGCCCAGAUGGAUAUUAUGCUGACAGCACAGAGAGGCAAUGUUCUGCAUGCCACAGCACCUGUGACACUUGCACUGGGAAACACAGCUCACAGUGCCUUUCCUGCAAACUGGGUUGGUACAGACAAGGAAAAGGAUGUGUAACCCAUUGUCCAGCAGGGUAUUUUGCACAAAAUUCCACUGGAUCAUGUGAGAGGUGCCACAAGAGUUGUAAGGAGUGUACGGGGCCUCGAGCCACAGACUGUCUUUCCUGUAAUAUGUAUUUCUACCUGCUGCACGCCACAAACGAAUGUGUUAGCUCUUGUCCUCAGUACUACUAUGAAAACAAGGACAACAACAUCUGUGAGAGAUGCCACUCUUCCUGUUUAACUUGUGACGGGAAGGGAGCACUCAGCUGCACAUCUUGUGUAUGGAGCUACAGUUUAUUAAAUGGAAUGUGCAACUCAGACUGUUUUGUAGGUGAAUACAAAGUCCAGGAGACUCCAGGACAGAAGGAGAGCAAACCCAAGUGUGAGAGAUGUGACAGCUCAUGCGUUGAGUGCAAGGGACCUGGUCCUCUCAACUGCACAGUCUGUCCAGCCAGCAUGCAGCUCUUCCUGGAGGAAAGCCGCUGCCUGCCCUGCUGCAGCAACACUGACCCAGCAGAAACCCCAGAGUGCUGUGACUGCAGUGAAACACAAGAUGACUGCGUAUUACAGACAACUCUACCACCUGGACAAAAAAGCAAAACUAUUUUAUUUGUUAUCACUUGCAUUUUGCUUCUGCUUAUCAUUGGAGCCAUUGUAUUCAUCUGGAGAAAGGCACGAACCAAAACCCAGCCUGUCAAUAAAGGACGAUAUGAGAAGCUGACAAAUCACUCCAAAACCUUUCCUUCCUCUGCAAGCAACUAUCACAAGAAUCCCAGUUACCAUGAGGAUCAAGUGAUUGAAUACAGAGACAGAGAUUAUGAAGAUGAUGAUGAUGAAGAUGACAUUGUAUACAUGGGCAAGGAUGGCACAAUUUAUCACAAAUUUAAAUAUGGACUUUUGGAGGAUGAUGAGGAAGAUGAGCUAGAAUAUGAUGAUGAAAGUUACUCAUUUAGAUAACUUUUUACUAGUUUACUAACAGUAAAUUAGUCCUAUUCUACUGUUUUUCCUAUGAAAUUAUAGCUAUUUAGUUAAUAUGUUUUGUUACUGGAUAGCAUCCUGACCUC